AUGUUUCGUUAUCGGCUUCGACCUAGACGAUUUACCAGAUAUGAUAGUUCCUGUCUUCCUGGUUGGCAAACUAACACUCUUCCCGGAUCCUUCGCGCAUCUUCUUUACUCCCUGUUUGGUCCAUUCGAAGAAGUGGCUAAACUUCAGCAAUCCCUAAACAACAUCCCAGAAUAUUUCAAUGGACACAGACACCGAGCAAUAUUUGCAGACCGAAUACGGAAUAUCAAUCGCAAGCCAAAGGACCUCAAGUGCGGUGCUAGCUUCGCAACUCAGCUUCCGCCGUCCCAGGACGGCGAAUGGUGCAGGAAAUGCGGCGAAUUCUUAUUCUCUCGCGAGUUACGGAUGCUCAGAAACUUAGUGGAACCUCUACGUGAUACAUCCAAGCCAAUUUACUGGAUCACCGACCGAGUCGAGAGAGCUCUAGAAAUGGACAAUGGUUUCCUGGCCUCACAGGAAUUGAUUGCAGAUUUCAAGAAGGAUCUCUAUGAAACCGCGGAAUACCGCCUUCAAGCCUGCAAAGGAACACUGUACUGGGACCGCUGGCCCCCCGUCGAAAAGCAGUAUGACAAGAUAGCACUGGCCGCAAAGCAAUCCAUCAUUGACAACGAUCUGAAAGCCGCUGAAAGCCUUGGAUUCCUGCCACCUGAGAACCCCCAACCACCAGCGACCCUGAUCUCAACCCAACCAGGUAUCGAGCUCGCAUGCAUUACCGACCUUGACCACUACGACGACCAAAUCAUGAUCGUAAUCGUCCGGAUCAGCCAAUGGCUAGCUCUUGCCCGCGGCUUCCCAGCAGUCCACCUGUUCUGCGACAUCGUCCGGCUCUUUACCAUCUACGGUGUGGACGUGGCAAAUGCCGUACAAGUGGAGUUCUGCAAGCAAUUAACUGGCUUGCCGUCAUUCCCCUGGGACCCUGUUGAAUUGCCGCCGCUGUUUCCCUGCCUGGAAAAUGAGAUCGAGGCACACGAGCUCUGUCCCCAAGAAAUCCGGAGUCAAAAUGCCCGGAACUGCUGGGCGGAGCAGCAGUUGAUGAUGUGCCGCUCGCUUUGGUGUAGGGAUGAUCAUGCCAUUGCCUGGGACUACCCACUGCAGACCCUUGUCUGGGAGGAGAAGGAGGAUGGCCGGGUGCUUGCGCUUAGAUCUCCUCCUUUUCAGGACCAUGCUAGACAUAUUCCGUGGGGUUUGGUUGAUAUGUUGAAGGAAGGGUUGUGGAUCGGUGAGUAUGAGGAUGACUGGCUGGCGCAGUUCGUGGGGUUCAACAGCGAGUACUCAGAUAGUUGCUCGGCCAAUUUCUGCGGUGGAGAAUGA